AUGCAUCCUUCCGUAUUAUUGCCGCUCCUGGCUUUUGCAACUUCGGCACAGGCCAUCUUGCCCGUUAUUGGAGCAUGCAUUGCCGCUCUUGGUGCUAGUACAGCUGUUGCCCCUGGCGCUGUGGUCGGAUAUUGGGCUUUGGUGCGCUUGGACCCGUUACAGCUGGGCGUUCUCUUGGGCAUUAUCGCGGCCACAAUACAAGCUACUAUAGGCAAUGUUGCGGCAGGAAAUGCUUUUGGCAUCCUACAGAGUGCUGAUAUAGGCGGCACAGGUGCUGUGAUAGUCCAAACUGCAGGUGCUGUAGUCGGCGCUGUGGGUGUCGGUCUGAGUUUGAUGGUGGAUGAGAGUAACUAG